AUCAAGGCGAAGCAACCGAAGAAGGAACCGAAGGGCCCGACGAACCCGUUGUUCGAGCGCCGGCCGAAGAAUUUCGGCAUCGGGAACUCGCUGCCGGUGAAGACGCCGCUGAACCGUUACGUGAAGUGGCCGAAGUAUGUGCGCAUUCAACGUCAGCGACGGGUGCUGCAAAAGCGAUUGAAGGUGCCGCCGGCUGUGAACCAGUUCAACAAUACGUUGGAUAAAAACUUGGCGACGAAUUUGUUCAAGCUGCUCAUGAAGUACCGACCGGAGGACGCGGCGCAAAAGAAGGAACGCCUCGCGGGUAUGGCGCAAGCCGAGGCCGCGGGUGCCGAUGUUGAGAGUAAGAAGCCGGUCGUGGUGAAGUUUGGUAUCAACCACAUCACCUACCUCAUCGAGCAAGGCAAGGCGCAACUCGUCGUCAUCGCGCACGACGUCGACCCGGUCGAACUCGUCGUGUGGUUGCCGGCUUUGUGCAAGCAAAUGAACGUGCCGUACUGCAUCGUCAAGGGUAAGGCUCGUCUCGGUGCGGUCGUUCACAAGAAGACCGCCACCGCCUUGGCGCUCACCGCGAUCAAGAAUGAAGACAAGCUCGAGUUCUCCAAGCUCGUCGAAGCCAUCAAGGCUUCCUACAACGAUGUCUUCCAAAAGACGUCCAGAACGUGGGGUGGUGGUAUCAUGGGUGUGAAGUCGCAAGCGAAGACCGCCGCUCGCGAGCGUAUCAUCGCGCGCGAGCUCGCCCAGCGCGCCACGGUUAAGAUUUAA